GUAGGUUAAGGCACUAAAAUGUCAUCAGCGUAUUAUGAACUAUGAACGUUUAGUAAUUUUAUUUGUCAUUGGAUGGAUAAUAUAAUUGUAGUUUCUCGUAAAACAACAACAAUAUUCGAAUUAUGUUACAUUAAUCUUGUAAAUAUCUAGUAACGUUUUGUAAUUAAAAGUAGUCUUGUUAAGAAUUGUGAUUAUGGAAACAAAUGACAAUAUAUAUGAUACAUCAAAGCUAUCAUUCGAAGGUGAUUUUGAUGAACAGGUUCAAGAAAUAAUGCAAUAUGUGAGACUUACAAAGCAUGAAGUGGAAAAUUUGCAAAUAUUAUUGGACGAUAUACACAAAACUUUUAAUGAAGUCUGGCCAGGUUGCACAGUCAACGGUUUUGGUUCAAUAGUCUCGGGACUUGGGAUAAAAACAAGUGAUAUAGAUUGCUAUGUGCAGCUCCCGAGCUGGCUCAGUCCUCCGAAUGCAUCAUUUGUUAUGAAAGCUAGAAAUAUAUUGAGAAGGCGACAUUGGAUAUUCCAAAAAUUAUUUGCAAUAACCAAUGCCAAAGUGCCUAUUGUUAAGUUUUAUCAUGCUCCAACAGAAAGAUGUUGUGAUUUAAACUUUAGUAGCUUUGCUGGAGUGAGAAAUAGUCAGUUAAUUUCUUAUUUAUUAGAAAUAGACAAUAGAAUAUUAUACUUGUCAAUUCUUAUUAAGUACUGGUCCAAGGUACAUAAGUUGACUGGUGUUAAUUUGAUGCCAAAUUAUUGUCUGACGAUGAUGGUAAUAUUUUACUUACAGCAAAAGAACAUUUUGCCCUCAAUUAUACAUUUACAACAAAAUGUCGAUGAACAUAUUGUUGAUAACUGGAACACAGCUUUCUGUGAAGAUAAUCAUGUGAAUAAUAAUGAAGAAACAUUAUAUCAAUUGCUUGGAGGAUUUUUUGAAUACUAUAAUACUUUUAAAUAUUCUAAGUAUAUUAUAUGUCCUUUUAUGGGUAAGCCAGUGGAAAGAGAAUUUUUUUUAAAAGUUGAUACUGUGCCAGCAGAGUUUUCACUUUAUAAAAUAAAUGUAGAAAAGGAUAGCCAAUGUAAACCAAUUAGACUAGACACUGUUUUGUGCGUGCAAGACCCAUUUGAGCACAACAGAAACUGUGCAGUUGCUGUGCAUCCUAAAUUAGCACAACACAUAAUGUCUCAUUUUAAUAGAGCUACCGAUAUUUAUAAUAGCAACAAUGAAGAAAAUUUUCUACAAACAUUAUUAUUAGGAACAGAUAACUAUCCAGCCAACAAAAACAAACCAAAGAAACCUGCAAUAUUUAAUGGAAUCAAGAAACAGUACAAAGUUAAUCAGAACUUACGACAGAAUAUUAAAUGUAUCACAAAAAAUAUAUUCCAAGGGAAAAAUAAACGGAACUACAGAUAAAUAAACCAACACAAUU